AUGAAAUCGAUCGCGCUUUUUGCGCUGGCUUUGCUGUUGGUGAGCCCGGUCCUUGCCCGGCCCAACCUCGUGGAACCGAUCUACCUCCGGCGACGCAGCAACCCCUUGGAGAUUGUGGAAGAAAGCGUCGAAUCGAGCACCCAGCUUCAGGAUGUCUCUGUCUCGACGAGCACCGAACGGCAGCAGAAGCCAUCGACAGUGGCCAGUACAGUCACGGAGGCGAUCACCUCAACCAGCAGUAGUAGUAGCAGUGGCAGUAGUACCAGCAGCAGCACUAGUUCCAGCAGUAGUACGUCCACACACCAACCAAGCUACGCGUUCAGGCGGCCUGAGCUGCCGUUGAAGACGAAACUAGGCACGUCGGGUUUCGUGGUGUCGACCAGCACGAAGGUCCUGACGGGUGGGGUCAGUGCCGCGUCCGGUGCCUCUCAAAAGACCCGUCCUGGGCUCCUGGCCGGGUCAGGCGAGGCGAAGGCACACGAUCAGCUAACCCUCUUUGAUCGCUAUUCAGGACACGCGGGUAUCGCGGAGCCGCUCACCGACGAUGAGUACGAGAACGAGCUACAGCGGGCUACCGAGCGGGUGGUACAGCCACCUAGGACGACCACCCCUCGGGAAGGACUCUCCACUUGGGUGUUGCUUUCGGGGAGCGAUUCCAGCGAGAUGAGCGCCGAGUCGACAAGUACCACACGGAAGUCGACUGUCGUGACGACGACGACGACGACGACGCCCAAGCCGGUUCCGACUAAGCGAUUCCAGCCAACACCGACUCGGCGAUCCUUUACGACGACAACGGCUCGUCCUGCACGCACGACCACUGGUCCGCAGGAAGAGAAAAAGGAUAAGACGAGCAAACCCACGCUUAAACAGAAGACGAUCACCACCACGCUCAAGCCGGUGAUCGUGAAGAAGGUCAAGAAACCACCAGUAACCACGACGACGACGACGACGACGACUACGACCACAACGACGACUCCAAAACCGACAACCAGCUCAACUCCUACGACCACCACCGAGAUGGUGUUGACGGAACAGAGCGCUUCGACGGUGUCAAACGAGCUGGCAGGAUCCGUCACCGACGAUGGCAGCUCAGCAGAAUCGUCCACCUUCUUGAUCCUGGAGCCUAAGGAUGCUCAGUUCGAUCUGCCCGAGGAUCGUUCGCCUGGUAAAACGGCACCUGCGAAAGCGCCCAAAAAACCCACGCGCAAAACCAGCGCAAAACCGGCGGGAACGACAGGUGGUUCGAAGAAGAAACCAGCCAACAAGAAGACACGCAAACCCGAGGUUAAGGACGCAGCGAGCAAGAAGCCACCCGCGAAAACGAAACCCGUCUCGACACAGAUCAUCAACUACCUGUCGCGUGAGGUGAUGCCGACGGUGGGUGUGGGCUUGGUGGGGUUGAUGAUGGCGGCUGGUCUCGCGUCGUACUUUUUGGGUAGUCCGCUGGGGGCGCUGCGUCGAUCGGAUGAUCGUAAGGACGAUCUGUACUACUCGAACUACGAAGAAUACGCGGGUCCGGAUGGUCAAAACGAGGAGGACGUGUUUGGCAAGCUGAUCGCGGGUAUGCCUGAUCGAUCGUACUACCGCAAUAACAACGCUGUCAGGAGGCGUACGCAGGCUCCGGCUCCGGCUCCGGUAAGAACUGGUCACCAAUACUACCACGUGCAGCCGUACGCGGCCAACAAGUAUCCACACGUGACGUACCGAAACAGAGCGUAUGGUGGCGGUCCAAGUGGUCCAAUGCCCGCUGGAGUCCAGAAUCAAGCUAAAGCUCAGAACGAGUUCUACUACAACACGCCCCCAACACCUUACUACUCCGCUGUACGACCAGUCCAGACAGAAGCUCCUGCAGCGCCCAUAUACAGCACGUCCUUCGCGCCAGUGACGUCGGGAAGUCCUGCGACACCUUCGGUAGAGUUGACACCCGAACCCGCGGACAUGAUGGCAACAGGACCUGAGCACGAGCACGAGAUGAUGCCAAGUCCGGAGGCGUACUCGGCCGAACACAGCCCGGAACACCACGCACAGUACGUCGUGGGCAGCAGUUACUCAGACGCCAUGUUGGAUGCGAUCAACUCGGCUCCGGUUCCUGAACAUGGUCCACGCCGGAAGCGUCGCUCGGUGGACGAAGAACCAGAGUUUGAGAACGAAAUUGACGUCGAUGGAGAUCACGCAAAGGAUGAGGUUGGGGAGUCCACGCAACCGGAGGACGUUGAAGUGACGACUGCGGUGGUGGAGAUGACUGAUGGCCACCGGUACACGUGGGGUGACUUCAUCCGAAACACGGUCGAACGCAAGGUGGCGAUGGGCAUUCAUUUUCUGCAACAUGUCACCAUGGACUUCCAGCGGUACCUUAGUGGUGUUCAGAAUCGGUUCCAGAAGCAGCAGCAGGAGCAGCAGAAUCACACCACCUCAUCGGAGGAUAACCGUCGGCAUCACUAG